AUGUCGUCUAUUCAGGUUGGCCUUGCCGUGGGCAACGGCACUGGUCCCGAGCUGACAGCCGUCUUUGAGCGUGUUAUUCAAUCACUGGCUGCUCGCUACAAUGUCAGCGUCACCUUCCUGCGUUCACCACGCAUCUACAAUUCCUACUCCUCGCUACUAGCUAUCAACGACACGGACGCCGUGACGGAAGAAACACUGGCAGACGCCGCCCACUACCGCCAAUUCUGCAAAGAAGCCGUAUCCUGCGGCGUGCGCGCUAUAUUCCGUACUUCGAUCAGCGCGCAAGCCCUCUACCUCGUCCGCGAGCAGCUCCAAGCUAUCAAAGUCGAACACUUCACUCUGAGUCCCACCUCGUCUAUCCUCCUCGUCCGCGACCAGGCACAGGGGUUCUACUCCGGCACCAACAGCGUCAACACCAGCAAGGAUGCCGUCUCCCGCACCGCGCACUUCAGCAAGGCGAUCUUCACACGCAUCCUCUCCUACGCACUCGCCCGCGCUAAUCAGCUCUGGGGAGGAACCAACUCGGUCACAAUGGUCUACAAGUUCCACCUCUUCGACGGACUUUUCCACACCUGGGCAACAGAAUGGGAACGAACCUUCGGCGUCAAUAUCCGGUUCGUACAGGGGGACACCAUGAACCGCGAUCUGCUAGCCUUCGGGGUGAGUGGCCACAAUCUGCUCAUUUCAGGCAACGAAUACGCAGACAUCAUGCAGACCAUCCUGCUCGAUAGGUUUGGGUUAGGGGCGCAGGAGUCCGCGUGCGCAGAGAACGUCUAUCUUCACCCGGAUGUGCAGGGCCUGAGCGAGUACCAGACCGCCCACGGAUCAGCGGAUGAUCUGGUAGGUAAGGGCAUUGUUAAUCCGACGGCUACGAUCCGCGCCGCGGCCGCCGUGUUAGAGGAUCAGGCGGGCUGUUCGGGGGUGAAACAGAGGGUCGAUUGCAUGUUGGGGGAUUUGGGGGCCAGGGGCAUUGGGACGCCUGAUCAGGAAGGGACAGCUACGACGGAGAGAUUUGUGGAGGCUUUCCUGCAGGGGUUAGAUCAGCCACUGGACGCGCACAACUACGAGACCUCCCGGUUUCGGGGGAAGCGAACAGCCAUGGUGGUCGUGGAUUUCCAGAACGAUUUUGUCACACAGUACAAGAACCAAUCGGCCAUGGCACGGGUGGCGGCGAACAUCCCGCGAGUGGUGGAAUGGGCCCGACAGGCUCGUAUUGAGGUGAUUUUUGUUCGGUUCAUAGGCGAUGAGCAUUUUCAGGGCCCUAGCUGGCGCUACCGGAAUCAGACGCAGGGGCGACAGCCGUGGUGCGUCCAGGGGACAUGGGGCGCCGAGGUAUUCGGUAGUGUUACUGUCCAAGCGGGCGAACGCGUGUUUGACAAGAAAGCCAAGUUUGAUCCGUUCCUGAGCGAAGAGUUUGCGCAGUAUAUCGCUGCUCGGGGAUUUGAGGAGCUCGUGGUGGUGGGCUUGUACACGGAUGUGUGUGUUGAUGCGACGGUGCGAGGAGCGUUUCAGCGGGGACUGUGGACCACAGUGGUGAGCGAGUGUACGGCAGCAUUGCAUUUCUCGGAGGAACAGAUGCUGGCUUACAUGCAGCGGGUGUAUGGCAGCGAAGUGGUCGAGAUGGAAGAUUUGCUGGCGACAGGGAAGGAGAAUGGCCCCGUCUCUAGCAGUGGAUAA